CACGUGUGCAGGCGAAUUUGUUAUAAACAAAUGAAUUUUGAAUACAAAUACAAAUUUUAAAUGUUUUAAGCAAAAGUGUUGUGUAAAUUAGACGCGUUACAAACAAAAGACGCGCGCUUUGUUUUUUUUUCAGUUUUUUUGGGUGCAACAAAUAAAUAAAUAAACAAAAAUUUUGAAAAGUGCAAAGCAGCAAGCAAAAGUUCAACAGCAGCAGCGCCACAGCAGAUGCACACAAGAUGGUGCACCACAGCAAUGAGGAUGCUAUGAAUAAGAUUCCACUCAAAUCCCACAGCGGUCUCGACGAUGAGGAGCGCAAUGGCGGUGAACUCAUGCAGGAUACGAACGCAGCCGAGGAGGCGCGACGUGAACAAAUGCGUGCGAAUGUCCUCGUCUGGAUGAAGAAGCUCACAAUUGGUCUGAUCUGUUUUAUAGGCAUUGCAUUGAUUAGUUAUGUGAUAAUAAGUCUUUGCUUUAGCGAUGAGCCCAACGACGACGACAGCAGCAGCUCUGACCUGACAACAGCAACACCAGCAGACACAAUCAUGGCCGGACCAGCAGUUGCCGCCUCGACAGCAGCAACCACAGCAGCGCCAACAACCACAUAUCCCAAGCUGGAGUAUCUGGGCACAGACUUUGAAUCCAAGCUGGGCGUCUACGAGGAGGCAGCAGUCUGCACCGAUGGCGUUGCAAUCUGCAGUCAAAUUGCCACCGACAUUUUGCAGCGCAAUGGCAGCGCCGUGGACGCAACGAUUGCCAUGAUGCUGUGCAAUGGACUGACCACGCCACAGAGCAUGGGCAUUGGUGGUGGCCUGCUGAUGAACAUUUAUGAGCGCGCCACGCAGCAGGGACACCAGAUCGAUGCGCAUCCCAAUGCGCCCUAUGUGGACGCCAUGGAGUAUGAGGCGAAUCCGAAUGCAACACUAGCCGGUCCCAUGUCCAUAGCUGUGCCCGGCGAGGUGCGAGGCUAUCAGCUGGCGCACAUGAAGUUCGGCAAGCUGCCGUGGCGCGAGCUGGUGACGCCUUCGCUGGAGAUUUGCCAGACGGGCUACGAGGUGUCCAGGCACUUGGCGCGCUCGCUUAAGCGCCUCUGGCAUAAGAUCAAGCACCAGCCACAGUUCCACAGCAGCUUUGCGCCUGCCGAGACUGGCGAACCGCUGGAGGCGGGCAGCUUGGCCAAGCCCUCGCCCGCGCUAUGCGACAGCUAUCGGCUGCUGGCCGAGAACGGCGCCAUGGACUUUUACAAUGGCACGCUGGCGAAGCUCAUUAUCGAGGAUCUGAAUGAGCUGGGCAGCAAGAUGUCCGAGGACGAUCUGGAUGCGUAUCAGGCCGAGGUGCGUCUGUCCAUCACCAUGCCGCUGGGCUCGGACACAGUCUAUGCCGUGCCGCCGGUGAGCAGCGGCAGCGUCGUCUCCUACGUCCUCAGCGUGCUCAAGGGCUACAACUUUACGCGCGAGGAUUUCGGCAGCGAUGAGCAACUUGCUCUCACCAUUCAUCGCAUCAGCGAGGCGCUCAAGCUGGGCUUUGCCCGUCGCGGCGAGCUCGGCGAUCAGCGCUUCGUGGAUGUCCGCGAGCUGGUCAGUCAGCUCAAUAAUCCCGAGUAUGGCAAUCAGCAGCGCUUGCUCAUCAAUGACAGCCAUGUGCUGGAUGGGCCCGAAGCCUAUGGCGCCCAUUUCAGCGCCGAGGAUGACAGAUUCGGUACCUCGGGACUGACGGUGCUGGCGCCCAAUGGUGAUGCAGUUGCCGUCUCCAGUUCCAUCAAUUUCUACUUUGGCUCCUUGCUGGUUGGCCCACGCACCGGCAUCGUGUUCAACAAUGCGCUCAACGACUUCUCCAGGAAGUCCCGCAACGACGAACUGCCGCCAUCGCCAUCCAAUUUCCUGGAGCCAUACAAGCGGCCGAUGUCCUCGCAGUCCCCAAUGCUGAUCACCGACGCCGAGGGCAAUGUGCGUCUGGCCAUUGCCGCCUCCGGCUCGGGUAAGAUCAUACCCGCUGUGGUGGAGGUCAUAGCGCGUGUGCUUUGGUUCGGCGAGGACAUCAAGACGGCCGUCGAUGCGCCGCGUUUCUAUCAUCAGCUAAAGCCCGAUACACUUGACUAUGAGCCAAAGAUGUGGAACGAGCGGGUGAAGCAGCUGCUGGAGCAGCGUGGCCAUACGCUAAAGGAGAUUCCCAAAAUGGAGCCGACGACAACAGUUUGCGCCAUAGUUCGCAAUUCAACGGCGAUUUAUGCCAACUCUGAUUAUCGUAAGCAAGGCUUUGUUGCAGGCUACUAAGCACACACACACACACACACACAUACAUAUAUAUACAUAUAUAUGUAACAAACUGUAGCGUAUCUAUCGGCAAGUGAGAUUAGUUUUGAGCGUCUUGAAAUGAAAAAAAGAAUUAAAAGUAUUUAAGCGUCGUGUCUAUCGUGUCUUUUUU